AACUCGAUCACAUAUUCACACAAGCAAACACACACCAAUAUCCAAAGCUCGAUCAAUGUCCCGCCACAACUCCUCCUCCUCCUCUACUUUCCCUUCUUGCUUCCGCCCCUCCCCCACUAUCCAACACCACCACUCCCCGCCGCCGUCCCCUCCUCCCUCAAUCUCCGGCCACCCCAACCUCACCACCUGCCUCUACCACACCGACUUUGCCAUCUUCUCCCUCACCUGGUCCCGCUCCUUCCUCGGCGGCCGCUCUCUCCACCUCAACCUCCUCCACCACGCCUUCGACUCUCCCCCACCUCCUUCCUCCUCCCCUUCUUUCCACCUCAACUUGAAACCCUUCUUCUUCUGGAAGCGCCAUGGCUCCAAGAAGCUCGCCCCCAAUGUCCUCAUUUUCUGGGACUUCUCCCGAGCCAAAUUCUCCUCCGGACCCGAACCCCUUUCCGCUUUCUACGUCGCCGUCGUUGUCGACGGCGACAUGACCCUUCUCCUCGGAGACUUGAACAAAGAGGCAUAUGCCAAAACCAGAGCCAACCAGGCCAUCGAUCAGAGUCCUCAACCGCAGACUCUGGUUUUGAAGAGAGAGCACGUAGUUGCUAAGAACAUUUACACCACCAAGGCCAAAUUGGGCGGCAGAAUCAGAGACAUACAAAUCGAAUGCGGCCACAAUGACGACUUCAGCCGCCUCAGCUUCAGCGUCGACAACAAAAGGGUUCUUCAGAUAAAGCGAUUGAAGUGGAAGUUCAGAGGAAACGAGCGGAUUGAAGUGGACGGUGUGCCGAUGCAUAUCUCAUGGGACGUUUACAAUUGGCUUUUCGAGAAUGACGGCAAUGAUGGACAUGCCGUGUUCAUGUUCAGGUUCGAAGAAGACGAGCAAGACAUUAACACACAGUUGAGUGUGGGGCAUUGGGCGCAGCAGCAGCAGUUCUGGAACUUCGGGAUGAAUGGGAUUGAGUGGAGGAAGAUGGGCAAGAGCUUCUCGUCUUCUUCUGUUUCAAUGUCGUCUGCGGGGUCUUGUAGCUCGUCGGUAAUGGAAUGGGCUACGAUGGAGGAGAGCGAGGUCAGUGCUGGUCCUACCGGAUUUUCUCUGCUCGUUUAUGCUUGGAGAAGGUGACGUUAAUUACUUGAAAUCGAAAUGCAUUGCUCGCUAAAUUACUAGCUACUACUUCCUCACUAACCCAUUUGUUGUUGAACAUAAUUCAAUAAAUCCA